CCCAAGCCAUCGCUAGCGCUCGUCGGUCGUCUGCUCUGUUCCUCUUGUUUCUUUCUUCCUUUCUCUGCUGCGUCUCUAUUGGCAUUCUCCCCUCCUUGUCAGUUGUCACUCCUCCAGAUUAAUUCAUUUCUACCUUGUCGUCUCAAUUACAUCUUAUUUCUGAUCCUCCUCCUCCCUCCCUCCGUCCCAAGUUUAUACUACAAACAUCUGCUCUUUUAAGCCCCCCUAUCAAUUAAUAAAGAGAAAGGGUAGGGGCAAGGAUUCAAUAGAGAAAGAAAGACAGAGAAUGGCAAACGUGGUCAACCGUCUCCUCCUUCGAUCCACUCUGCAAAAGGCCACCGCCGCCGCCGCCGCAAAGGUUGGCUUUCCUGUCGUAAAUUGUACGCCAGUUGCAAGCAGGUUGCAGGAUCACAUAACUCAGGCUCCCUCCCAGAAUAGAUGGAAUAGUACAGAGGCAGCUGCACAGAAGGAUGUUUCUGCAAUUGAUGAUAAAGGUUUCAAGGGCCAUGAAAUGUUGGCACCCUUCACAGCUGGUUGGCAGUCCACUGAUUUGGAUCCUCUGGUUAUCGAAAGAUCUGAGGGUUCCUAUGUCUAUGAUGUUAAUGGUAAAAAAUAUCUAGAUGCUCUGGCUGGCCUGUGGUCCACGGCUUUAGGUGGGAAUGAACCUAGGCUUAUUGCUGCUGCUGCUAAACAACUAAACACCUUACCAUUUUACCACUCCUUUUGGAAUCGCACAACAAAACCUUCUUUGGAUCUUGCUAAGGAGCUCAUAGAACUAUUCACCCCUUCAACAAUGUCAAAAGCAUUUUUCACAAAUAGUGGAUCAGAAGCAAAUGAUACACAGGUGAAGCUAGUGUGGUAUUACAACAAUGCCCUAGGGAGGCCAAACAAGAAGAAAUUCAUAGCUCGAUCAAAAUCAUACCAUGGAUCAACACUAAUAGCUGCAAGUCUGUCAGGUCUUCCUGCUCUGCAUCAAAAAUUUGAUCUGCCGGCUCCAUUUGUGUUGCAUACUGACUGUCCCCAUUAUUGGCGCUACCAUCUUCCAGGUGAGACUGAAGAGGAGUUUUCAACCAGGUUGGCCAAUAACUUGGAGGCUCUUAUCCUCAAAGAGGGACCUGAGACGGUAACUGGGUGUUAUUUAUUUACAUUUCCUUGCUACUUGUCGUUUAUGUUUCUGUUUCAUUUGGUGCUCCUACAAAUUUUGGUUUUGUUACCUACUAACUUGUCAUUUCAGAUUGCUGCUUUUAUUGCUGAGCCUGUCAUGGGAGCUGGGGGUGUUAUCCCUCCUCCUGCAACCUAUUUUGAGAAGAUUCAAGCUGUUGUCAAAAAGUAUGAAAUUUUGUUCAUUGCGGAUGAGGUAAUAUGUGCAUUUGGAAGGCUUGGGACAAUGUUUGGCUGUGAAAAGUAUAACAUAAAGCCCGAUCUUGUGUCAAUGGCAAAGGCUCUUUCUUCUGCAUAUAUGCCAAUAGGAGCUGUCCUUGUGAGUCCUGAAGUUUCAGAUGUCAUAUAUUCACAAAGCAACAAACUGGGUUCUUUUUCUCAUGGAUUUACUUAUUCUGGGCAUCCUGUAUCUUGUGCUGUUGCUCUGGAAGCAGUCAGGAUCUACAAGGAGAGAAAUAUUGUUGAGCAAGUGAAUAAGAUAGCCCCUAAGUUUCAGGAUGGCUUAAAAGCAUUUUCAGACAGUCCCAUAAUUGGGGAGAUAAGGGGAACGGGUUUAAUCCUUGGAACCGAAUUCACUGAUAACAAGUCGCCUAAUGAUGCCUUCCCUUCUGAAUGGGGUAUUGGUUCAUAUUUUGGAGCACAGUGUGAGAAACACGGUAUGUUAGUACGCGUGGCCGGUGACAACAUACUGAUGUCUCCCCCUUUUAUCCUGACUCCAGGUGAAGUGGAUGAGUUAAUUGGCAUCUAUGCUAAGGCACUUAAGGCUACCGAAGAGAGAGUGGCCGAACUGAAGGCGCAAAAGAAAUAAUCGACCGCCCGCCCGCCCGCGAUCAGAAGAUUGUGAAAAAUUUGCAAUGCCCCUCCCUGUGUAAAGUAAACUCUUUUAUCGACUGUUUGUUUGGUGAUGUAUUAUUCUAGUAUGAAUAUUAUUGGUGUUUUGCAUGAAAAUAAUCGAAGCAUCAUCAUUCCUGAUACCGUUUCUUCUUUUAAUCCUAUUUCAUCAGUUGAAGUUUUUCUUUCA